ACUGGUAUUUCGCUUAGUGUUACCAAUGUAAUCCACGACACUAAAUACUUACUACCGUCACUACUUGGUUGGUUGGAUUGAUAGACUAUAAAUUUUUGCUAUGUACAAGUAAAAAAUUGGUACAAGAUUGUUGUUAAAAUACGGAAACUUAUUAAAAGUAUUUUUUUUGGCUUUUUAUUAUCAUUGACAAUUGGCUGUAGAUUCCGAAGUGUUUUCGAUCUAUUAUAGAUGGACUGUACUUUUUUAAUACGAAAUUUGCGCCUUUAUCCUAGGUUUGCCUAUUGAGAUUGUCAUUUUAACCACCGGCAUUUCAUUUCGAUAUGGCUGACAAAGAGCAAGUAAUCCAAGCUUUGAGAGCGACUUUAAUUUCUGUUAAAGGGGCUCUGACAAUAAAGCAAUGUAACAGAGACUAUCGGGAACUUCAGGGCGAACCAAUACCUUUCAAAAAGCUUGGUUAUUCUACUUUGGAUAAAUUGUUUUUGGAUGUUCCGGGAUUUAAAGUAACACAAGUAAAUGGGGAAUGGUAUGUUGAUGCAAUAGCUAGCCAGGACACACAACAUAUAGCUGCUAUGGUUUCUCGACAAAAAUCUAGUAAGAAAGCAACACCGAAAUUAAACUAUCCAAAUCGUUUUCCAAAAAAGCAAGGAUCUUGGCGAAAACCGGCUUCCACACAUUACAGUUCCAACUAUAAUAAUCAAUACUCCAAUCAAUUAUACAGAGUGAAGGCCCCGUUUAAUAAUAACAACCAGUAUCAUAAGAAUAACAAAUAUAAUUCAAAACCGAACGAAACGAAACCUUUGCUUCCAAAUGUGAAACAAAAUACGAAGGUCACUAGUGAUCAUGUGGAGAAAAUAUCGAAAAGUUCCAACUCAUCACACAGUUUGAGAGAUGCCAAUUUACAUAAUGAUGAGUUUAAGCAACCAGUGAGAAAUCAUGCAGAAACAGAAACAAAACAAAGUGGCAAAGUUUCAGCGUCGCAACGACUGUCUAAUUUAAGAGAUCGUCUCAAUACGGUGGAUCUUAUACCUUUGCAGUUGCCAGCCGCUACAAAUGAAUGUCUGGAGAGCAGUGGGCCCGUAACAAAUGUCGUGCCGGCACAUAAUUUGGAACCUCCCCCAAAUACUACAUCUUCAGUUGAAAAACUAGCAUGGACUUGUAAAAAGUUAGGGCUUCCAGAACCUGUCUAUAAGGUUAAAGAUAUGGGGCCAAAACGAGGACCUGUCAGCUACGAUUGUACAGUUAAAGUAGGAACUUAUUCUGCCGGAUCAUAUCCUAAUUCCUCACCCUCAGAGGAAUUAGCCAAAGAAGUGGCUGCAGUAAAGUUACUCGCAAUUAUAGAAAGUUCUGAGGCUGAUGGUAUGCCUACUUCUUCUAGCAGCAAAGCUAUUGCAUACCUCACUGAAUUAGUAUCAGAACAUGAAGCUGGGCUUUGGGCAACUAUUGUUCCUCAUAUGUACAGGCAAAAAUAUGGUGAGAACUUGCCAAGCAAUUGGCAAGAACUAGUUGAAAACUGUCCAAACAUUAUAAAGGACAGAGUUGUGAAUGGACGGCUAGUUCUUCUUCCCAAUAAAGAGCAAGACGCCAUGCCACCAUAUGUAGAGACAAGUGUAGCAGAUGAUCCUCUGGAAAGUGACUUGCCUCCAUUACAAUUCCCAGAAAAUGAUUUUUGGAAUGUUUUUGUAACCGUUGCUAAUUCAACACUUGAAAUAUGGCUUCGAAUUAUUGGACCGCACUAUAGUGAUGCCUUCGAAACGCUUCUGGCUGAUAUGUCAAGUUAUUACGAAAACUAUGGAACCUGCGUAGAAAAAUCCAUGAUCAUUAAAAAUGCUUGGUAUGCUGUAAAUUUAGAUGAUGGUGGUUGGCAAAGAGCUAAAAUAUUAGAAAUCGAAGAAGAUAUGGCGACUGUGUUUCUAGGUGACCACGGUGACGACGACGUGGUAUACCUUCACAAAAUAAAAAUAUUAGAGCCACAAUUCAGAGAACUUCCUGCACAGGCGAUCCUGUGCCGCCUGGAGGGCGCGGAGGAGCUGGCGGCGAGCGCGCUGGGCGCCGAGCUGGUGCGGCGCCGCCUGCCCGGCGAGGUGCUGGUGGCCGCGCCCGGCCCGCGACACGACCCCACCGACCCCUCCGUCGCCGUCGUGCUCUACGACACCUCCACGCAGCGCGACCUCAACCUCAACAAGGAGAUCGUGCACGACUUUUGUAUCGCUGGCGCCUUCACCGUCACGCAGAAGCCGUGCGAGGUGGAGGUGGGCUGCGUGACGGAGGAGGGGCGCGUGUGGGUGUCGCGCGCGGGCGGCGCGGCGCUGGUGCGGGGCGCGCUGGCGCUGCUGACGGCGGGCCCGUACCGCCGCCCGCUGCCCGCCGCGCCGCAGGCCCCGCCGCCCGCGCCCGGCGCGCUCUACAUCGUGCGCACGCUCGCCGGCGACUGGGUUCGCUGCACGAUUAUAAGCGGUCUUGACGGUGAAGGUACCGUAAGAACGCAGCUCGUGGACAGCGGUCUCAUUCUUCGAGCGCCGCUAUCGUCUUUAGUCCCGCUACAGACUUUUUCACCAGCGUUAAAUGCUUUUCCACAUCAGGCGCUGGCGGUGCGGCUGGGCGCGGCGGAGCGCGCGGCGGCGGCGCUGGUGGCGCGCCUGCGCGAGCUGGUGCUGGGCGCGCGCGUGCUGUGCCGCGCGCUGGCGCCGGCCGCCGCGCAGCCGCCCGCGCCGCACGCGCCGCACGCCGCGCCGCACGUCGCGCUCUUCGUGCGCACCGGCCCGCAGAACAUCCUCGCCUCCGUCAACGACGCCAUCAUCAUGGAAUACGACUACUUGCAACAGGAUAAAGUGAAAGAAGAUGAAAAGGACACAACUAAUCAUGUGGAGGCUUUACAUAAGAAGAAAGAGCGUAUUUUUCGAAGCCGGUCUAUUCUUGGUGACGACAGGUUGACAUCGGGUGCAUCUCUGCCGGCACCGCCUCUGCCUGCUCCCGGGAAAUGCUUCGAUGUGUACAUUGCUAUGGCAGCAAGUCCGUGGAAUUUUGUCGUACAACCAAACAGUACUAGACAUACGCUUCAAACAAUGAUGACCUCGUUACAAACAGAAUGUCCUAAAUUGUCCGAGUUGGAUGCGCCUAUUAAUCCAGCCAGUGGCGAAUUAUACACAGUUUACUAUGAUAAGGAUGCUUCAUGGUACAGGGUAACUGUUGCGGGAACUGUUUCAUCGGAGAUGGUUUCCGUAUAUUUUUGCGACUAUGGAGACCUGGCACUCUUCGAGCCUAAAGCCUUGAGGCCAAUACCUACGGGGGCACCACUAGCCCGCACCUUGCCACCUCAAGCAAUAAAAGCCCGAUUAUAUGAUGUAUGGCCUUUGCAUCAAGACUGGACAGUAGAAGACUGCAUAAGGUUCCAAGAAUUAUGUGUAGAGCAGCAAUUCGUAGGAAUUUGCAAAGACGUUGGAAAGGACCCACUUAACCCUAAUGAGCCAUUAUUGACACUCGACCUUAUUGACACGUCUACUGACGAAGAUAUUUAUUUAAACAAACGAUUAGUGGCGGAAGGUAGAGCACGACUUGCUUCCGCUUCUUAAUUUUUGUUAUCACGUGUAUGGUAAAUUAUUGUCUAUCUAAAUUGCAAGGUGUAACAAAUUACUCUAGCAUUUCGCACGAAAUUAUCUUGAAAAUGAGAGAGGUUUAACAGACUGAGUAACGCAUUAAAUGAGAAAGGGACUUAGUAAUCAAUUGUGUCGAUAGUGAAAGUAAUCAUAACUACAACUAUGUCAGAGCAGGUUCAGCAAUUCAUAUCAAGACAUUUUCGCCAAAAAUAUUAGAAUCAAAUUUUAAUGUUCAGUUAAAAGCUGGUACUGGUAGAUGUCACAGUCUCAUAUUUUGUUUUCCUUUUAUCAUAUCCCAGAAUACAUGACACUUACAUACUUCACUUUUUUAUUUGAAAGAAAGUUUAAUUUCGUUUCCGUGAUAAACGGACUCAUUUUUACUCGUAAACUUAAACACAUUUACAUUAACAAUUAAAUCCUAUACAAAAUUUAUUAUUCGCAAUAACUAGUACCAGUUCCUACUACAGAAGGUUUUGAAAUGACCCAUUUUCAGAUUUAUUUUUCUUGAAGUGAUAUUAUUUAUUAAGCUUGGUGUUUAUCAAUUAUAUCUUUGGAUAGGCAGACUAGAACAAUGCUAUAUCUCCAUAGCGUAAGUACUAUAUUUUUAUAGGCGUAGAAGUUAUCCUAGUGCUCAGUUCUUAGGUAGCCACAUACCUAAUUUAAAGUUUUUACAAGAAAGCAUUGGUCUUGUUCAAUUUAUUAUAAUACGUAAAAGUUAAUUGUUCUGAUUUUCAUACCACUAUAUCCGGCUUGGAUACAUAUUAUAUAAUUAAUUUUACAUUAAAAUAAUUUAUUAGUGUUAUCAGUAAGCGACAUUUAGUUGCUUGGAAGAUACAGUACUAGCUUAUUAACCUGACCUAAAACAUGUUUAUAACCGACACUUGAUGACUUUCAUAAAUGUAAUUUUUUCUCUACAUUCCACCUUAAAGUGGUAAAUAUGCCAUGACACUUAAUUGAGUGACGUUUGUAAAUAUGGUACUUUUGAUUUUUGAACAUCAACUGAGAUAACUUUGUUAUACCUUGAAGAUUUCUGGUUUUGUUUAUAUCAUACUCACUUGUUAUAGUAAUUAUUUUGUUAUAGAUACAUGUUUUAUAGACUAAGUGUCUUAAUAAAUACAUUAUAUAAUACUCUUAAUCAUUGUUAAUGGAAAGACAGAUGUAGAUCUUUUGAAAUUUCGAAUAAUAGCCGAGUUAUAAGAAAUUCAAAUAUGUUACCUUUAUUUAUGAUAAGAUAAAACGUUUUUAAAGUAGUAAUUGAUCGAUCAAUCUGUUAAUGACGGUACUAAAGCGAUGUCAAAAACCAACGAAUAGUCAAUCCAAUGUAAGUUAAACCCAAUAGUAAAUUAAAGCGUGAGUAUUAUUUCGAAUACAUUCGCGGAGUUGUUAAGCAACAUUAAUUAUAAACCUUUUUUGUAUUAUAAUAAUUAUUUGGUAUGGACAUAUUCAAUACUUUUUUUUUGUUACUGGUGUCAAAUAUCUUUUCCUGUGUCACAAUAUUUGUUUUAGUUAAAGCUUUCUGUUAAUGUUAUUUGUUUUCAUCUUAUUAUUAAACUUGUGUAUUUCUAGAUAGAUUGAUUCACUAGAUACUCCUGUAAAGUUUUCAAUUGGUACCAAUACAUUGCAGUGCCGAAAGUCGUUGUGCAUCUUCAGGUAUUUCAAUUUAUUAUAACAUAUUCUAGCUUAGCAUUGAAGUGUUAUAGCAAAAUUCAUGGAUAUGCAUGCACCUACAAUAAAUGUGUAAUCUCA